AUGAGCAACGACGGCCAGAACGACAAGCAGGCGAGGAUCGCCAUUGUCGACGAUGCUCCUCCUCCUCCUCAGCCGAAAAAGCGCAUUUUGCUCAAUGCCUUUGACAUGAAUGGGAUUGGUCACAUCAGCCCAGGACAAUGGCGCAACCCGGUCGACAAGUCCAAGUAUAAGAACCGUCUGGACUACUGGAUCAACCUCGCCAAACUGCUCGACCGGGGGAAAUUCAACGCCCUCUUUCUCGCCGACAACUUCGGAUCGCACGAUGUCUUUGGCGGCAGUCAUGCGCCGGCCAUUCGAGCGGGCACCCAGUGGCCGAUGUAUGAUCCUUUCGUGAUCAUUUCGGCCAUGGCAGCAGUCACGAAAAAUGUGGCUUUUGGCGUGACUUCGUGUACGACUUUUGAACCGCCUUUUCUUCUGGCCAAACGCUUUUCCACCUUGGACCAUGUGACCAAGGGCCGCAUUGCCUGGAACAUUGUGACCUCGUGGUCGGACAACGCUGCCCGGGCUGUGGGCCUGGAGCAACUGCCCGAGCAUGAUCUGCGCUACGAAAUGGCCGAGGAGUAUCUCAACCUCAUGUACAAGCUUUGGGAGGGUUCUUGGGCUGAUGACGCCGUGGUGCAAGACUCUGCAAAUGCGACAUACACCGACCCGUCCAAGGUCCGGAAGAUAGAGCAUCGAGGCCGCUUCUUCAAGUGUGUGAGCGCUCACUUGGUCGAUCCUUCACCACAACGAACACCGGUGCUCUUUCAGGCGGGCAUGUCACCAGCAGGUGCAGCGUUUGGAGCGAAACACGCCGAAUGCAUCUUCAUCGGAGGACGAACCCCGGGAUAUUUGCGCGGCAAGAUCACAGAGACACGGCGGCUGGCAGCUACUCAAGGCCGUAACCCUCGCGAUCUGAAGUUUUUCGUCCAAUUCACCCCGAUCCUGGCGCCGACCGACGAAGAAGCACAGGCCAAGCUGGACGAGUAUCGAAAAUAUGCCAUUCCCGAGGGCGGCCUCGCCCUGUUCUGCGGCAUCACCAAGAUCGACGUCAGCCAGUUUCCCAUCGACGAGCCAUUCCCCACCGACCGCAAUCAUCCGGCAUACAAAGGCCUCAGCGACCGUGCCAUCGAAGCUCUGACGACUAAGCCCGAGAGAUGCCAGGUCUGGACCCCACGGGAAUUGGGCAAUUUCCAAGCCAUCGGAGGCAGUGGAACGUUCAUCGCGGGUAGCCCCGUCACCGUGGCCGACGAGAUGGAGCGCUGGCUCAAUGAAGGCGAUGUGGACGGGUUCAACAUCGGCCAUGUCGUCGUGCCCGGGGCGUGGGAGGAUGUGGUUGAUCUACUGAUCCCCGAGCUGGAGAAGAGGGGGUACAACCAGGACUAUCCCACGCCCGACGAGAGCACGGCACGGGAGAAUUUGUUUGGCACCCCCGGAGAUGCAAAGCUGAGAGCGGACCAUCCGGGCAGAAAGUUCGCUUUUGAUCAGUAUGGCAAGACCUGGGAGUGA